GAUUUGUACCAGAUUUUAGAUGUGCCAAGAAAUUGCUCUGAAGAUGAUCUUAAAAGAGCCUACAAAAAGAUGGCUCUAAAAUUUCACCCUGAUAAGAAUCAGGCCCCCGGAGCUACUGAAGCUUUUAAAAGCAUCAAUAAGGCCUUCUCCAUUUUAAGUGAUGUAGAUGAAAAAGAUAAAUAUGAAAAUGCCGGU